AUGAAUGGUGUCGUCAACACGGAGAAGGACGAGCUAGGAGGGGUACAGGGCUCGGAGCCUCCCGGACCACAGCCGAAUCCUGUCAAUUGGAAAGCCGGGACCAUCACUGCGGUCCGCGUCAUGCUUGCGGGCUGGUGGAUGCUGAGGGCAAAGUCAAAGCAGCCUAGCUCAUGA